AUGGCCGAGCCCGGGGAAAGUGUGGUGGAAAAGGCCGAGAUGCGCCGAUUCAUGAUGGAUUGUCUCGCAAAAGCUGGAGCUGACCAUGGGCACGCCGAGCAGCUGGCGGAAGUGUUGGUGGAAGGGGAUUAUCGUGGACAUUACAGUCAUGGACUGAAUAGACUCGGAAUGUACGUCAGCGAUCUCGAGAAGAAAGUCUGUAAGGGCAGCGGCGAGCCCGAGAUUCUAAAGGAGCGUGCCGGCACUGCCUGGGUGGACGGCCACAACCUGCUCGGGCCCGUUGUCGGAAAUUUUUGCAUCGACUUGGCGGUGAAGAAGGCGAAGGAGGCCGGGGUUGGAUGGGUUGUGGCUAAAGGCUCCAACCACUUUGGCAUCGCCGCCUGGUACUCGAUGCGUGCGAUGAAGGAGGGGAUGAUGGGUCUCUCCUUCACCAACACCUCUCCCAUUAGCUACCCGACCCGCUCCGCCAAGCCGGCCCUCGGCACAAAUCCGCUUUCGCUAGCCGCCGCCGGAAAUGCUGAAGAUUCAUUUGUGCUUGAUAUGGCCACCACCACAGUAGCCGUCGGAAAGAUAGAGAUCGCGGCCCGUAAAGAGAUGCAAGUGCCAGAGACAUGGGGCGUCGCGGCCGGCGGAAAGCACACCACCGACCCGCAGGAGAUUCUCGAUGGCGGCGGGGUGUUGCCGCUCGGAGGCCCGGAACUUUCAGGCGGCUAUAAGGGCUACGGUCUCGCUGCCCUUGUCGAGAUCUUCUGCGGGAUCAUGGGUGGAGCGCAUUGGGGGCCGAACGUGAGGAGGUGGAUGAGCACGAGCGGGGAUGCGGAUUUGGGCCAAUGCUUCAUCGCCGUCGACCCGGAGGCGUUCGCCCCCGGCUUCCCAGACCGGAUGCAGCAAUUCAUGGACACGAUGCGCGGACUCCCAGAAGCCGACGAGGGAAAAGCCGUCGAGGUGGCCGGCGACUCGGAGAAGCGACACGAGCAGCUCUGCGAUCGACUGGGUGGCAUCUCGUAUCACCCCAAUCAAAUUAAGUUUGCGCAUGAACUUGCCGACAAGUUGGGCGUCGAGCCGCCGCGACUCGUGCAACGGGAU